AUGAGCUCGGACCCGGGUCGCGGCGGCGGCCGGAGUCGCGGGGCGGACAGCGGGGACGAGCAGCCGCCGCCUGCACCUCCCGGGCUCCCGGCCGAGCGCGCCGCGGGGCCUGACGAGCGGCUGCCGCCCCUGCCGCCCGCUGGCCAGGAGGCGUUGGCCGCCGGAGACUCCGGCGAGGGCCCCAGGCGCCGUCCGGACGCGGCUGUCCCCGAAGCGGGCGCCGGCGACCAGCCCGAGACGCGCUCCGUGUGCAGCAGCCGAAGCAGCAGCAGCGGCGGCGGCGGCGACAGGCGCGCCGGACACCAGCACCAUCAGCCCAUCUGCAAGAUCUGCUUCCAGGGCGCGGAGCAGGGUGAGCUGUUAAACCCCUGCCGAUGUGACGGGUCCGUUCGGUACACACAUCAGCUGUGCUUGCUAAAGUGGAUCAGCGAGCGAGGCUCCUGGACCUGUGAGCUCUGCUGCUAUAGAUACCAUGUCAUAGCCAUUAAAAUGAAGCAGCCCUGCCAGUGGCAAAGCAUUUCUAUAACACUGGUUGAGAAAGUUCAGAUGAUUGCUGUAAUCCUAGGAUCCCUGUUCUUAAUAGCCAGUGUGACUUGGCUCCUCUGGUCAGCCUUCAGUCCCUAUGCAGUGUGGCAGAGGAAGGACAUCCUUUUUCAAAUCUGCUAUGGAAUGUAUGGUUUUAUGGAUCUAGUGUGCAUAGGUCUCAUUGUCCAUGAAGGAGCUGCAGUUUACAGAGUGUUUAAGCGCUGGCGAGCUGUUAACCUGCACUGGGAUGUAUUAAAUUACGACAAAGCAACAGACAUCGAAGAAAGUAGCCGGGGAGAAUCUUCCACGAGUAGGACUUUAUGGUUGCCUUUGACGGCUCUGCGGAACAGAAACUUGGUCCACCCAACGCAGCUGACCUCCCCAAGGUUUCAGUGUGGCUAUGUGCUAUUCCACCUGUUCAAUCGGAUAAGACCCCAUGAAGAUUUGUCUGAAGAUAACAGCUCUGGGGAGGUCGUGAUGAGAGUGACUUCCGUGUGACAGACGUACGCAGUGACACCGUGUGGACCACCCUGCACAUUUUGGAAUGUAAUUGCAAUGAAGGGUGAAACCAUAGCACUUCUACAAAACAUACAUCUAUGAACUUUUUACAAUUUAUGCUUUUUAUAUGAACAUUUGAAUUGCAAAUACAUUUUUCUGAAAAAAAGAGUCCUCUUGUUCUUUGUUUUUCUGAUUUGUCACAUCUUUUAUAAGUUCGUACUUGAAAUCAUUGUAUAUAUAAGUUAACUCUACUUGGUGGAAACAAUGAUGACAGUUAUCCUUAAGGCCAAAACUAUUUUUUCUUGCUUAUU